CGCACACAACCAUGGCCACUCUAACAUCCCUCCCCCUCAGCAUCCAACAACACAUCAUCUCCUACCUCCUCUCCACCCGCGAUGUCGCGGCCCUCUCAGCGCAAUGCAAAUCCCUGCAUCGCCUCUGCGACAUGGAGACACGACACACGUACCACAGUGUGAAAAUCGAGCCCAAGACCGGCUCGCUAGAUAUCGCCUUUGAUCUUCUCAUGGAUAUCCUGCGGCGGCCCGCGCUAGGCCAUUAUAUUCGCCAUAUUGAGGUCCGGGCACCGCCCCCGUUGCGGCUCGAUUAUACUCAGCAGGACCCGCAGCGGGAGCUUGGGGAGGCGGAUAUGCGGCUGUUGAGGCAUGCCGUGCGGAAUGCAGGGUUCGAGGCCCCGGAGUUGCAGGGGCGGGUGGUCAAUAUGCUGUUGCAGAGGAUGGAUUAUGGUCUCGUGCAUCUUGGUAUCCACUCUCGACGGAGAAUGGCGGACAACGUGUUCAUCCCGCAGGCUCUGGCCGCGCUGCUCGUCUCCGUCUCGCCGUUUCUCGAAUCACUGGCCAUGUCCCCAAUGGCAACGCACGAGUACAGCCAUCCAGGUUCUGCGCCCGCAUCACCCAAGGUCACAUACCCGCUCGACCAUCUCCUGCGCACCGUAAACUCCGACCCUACAAGGCACUUCCCGUACCUGCAGAACCUGCGCGAUGUCUACAUAAUCAACAACCCGCGCCUCGACUGGGAGGACGACCGCUUCUACAUCGCCUGCGAUCUCUUCACCCCCAUCUCGGCAGUCUGCACCCUCCCUUCCAUCGAGUCCGUCCGCAGCGACGUCGUGGAAGAGGACGAGAACGGCCGGCCCGGCCUCGCCCCGCGCUCCUCCGACAUCGCCAACAUCGCCCUCCACCACUCCUCCCUCAGCGCCUCGUACCUCGCCUCCCUGGUCUGCUCGUGCAGGACCCUAAAGAGCUUCGCGUACUCGGUCGGCGGCCGCUGCACCAACGAUGGCGGGUACCCGGCAUUCAACCCCAAGACUCUGAUCCGCGCCCUGCUCUACCACAGGGAGACGCUCGAGCACCUGGAUCUCGACGUCGACUCGUACAUCUACCACUUCGACCCGCAGAUCCCCGCCGCCGACGCCCGCGACGCAUUCGACAGCGAAGAGACUAUGUACGACGACGGGCCCGACCGGUCCGUCCCCGCGGACUUUCGGCGCCAGCGCGGCGCCCUCGUUGACUUUGUGAAAUUGAAACGCCUCAGCAUCGGCGUCGGCCUCUUCUUCUACCUCGCCUGGGGCGUCGACGUCCCCACGGCGAUGGAGCGCGUCCGCGAUGGCCAAAGGAGCUUCUCCAGUUUCUUGGGUGGGGAGGUUGAGUACCUGUGUCUUCGGGGGUAUAACAAGGGCGAGUUUCCGGACCGGGACCGCGCGCUCGCGGAUGAUCUGGGUGGGUUGAGGGUGGAGGGGGUUGAGAAGACGAUUCCGAAUGCGGAGAAUGUGGAUGAUCCCGAUGGGAACCCGCAUCUUUUGUGGAGGCCUUAGGCAUGUGGAGUCCGAGGUAGGGACGGAUGAGGAGGGAGGUGGAGGCGGCGGAGAUUAGAUUGAGGGCAUAGGAGUUGUAUGCUAUACGUACUAGAUUGUAAAAGUGUCAAGCCUCGGAUUUAUAGCCUCCUUACCAAUACUAGAGGGACUAGCCGGAUUGCUCCCUCGUGGCACGCCCGGUCGUCAUCAGUGUGAGACUGGGGGACACAGAUUACGGCAACAAGGACGGUUCGAAUGCUUACAGUGACUAUGGCUUCUUCACCGAUGCCAAGGCGGGGUUGGCAGUCAGCUCCCCGGCAGAUACAGGAAGAUAUAGAUGGUAAAGUAGAACUACUGGAUUUCAGGAGAUGUCAGAUCUAGAAAGGUGAGAGAGUCUGCUGCAUUUGUUCAUCUCGCCAAUCGCGACACGCCGUCGACAAUUCUUCACCAUGACUCCCUAGCCGAAGCCACAAUAGAAAUUGCACGCAGCCAUCUGAAGUCGCGACAUAUCCAAUCCAAUACGACCGAGUCUUCUCCGCGAGCCACUGCACGCGCGGGAACAGAUAUACCGCCACCGCGGGUGACGCAAGACUUUUGAUCUACGCUGCUUUUAAUGGGCGGCGUGAUCGCAUCGUCUCACGAUGCGAUAUUCUGGCUCAAAUUCUCGGGGGACUCCGGCGUGUGGGCUAGGUAGAGUUCAUUGAUCUGCGCGCAACAUAUUCGCACCGGUCCUGUCGCAGUAACAGAAGAUUGAAUAUGAGCGGAUGUUGGGUAAUAUCGUGGGUGUGCUGGUUCACAUUCAGGUCGUCUAGUCCGAAAUAGGACUGGAGAAACCGGGGCUAUGGGGUUCAGGUCGUCGUGCCUACGGUGGUUGUCAAGACACGAACGAUCAGAGCCAUUCGCAUUGUUGGCACCUUUGCAGCGAGCUGUUUGGGGAAGGCUUCCAGUCCUAACUUAUGGAAGCGAAUAAGCCCUGCUGCCUAAUCCAUCA